AUGUCGUACUUCUACAUGGUUCUUCCGACUCAAACUCCCACGGAAUAUCAAGGUCAUGGGACGUAUCCGGGGCGGGUGUGGUUUGCGUUGCGCUCUGGCACUUCCGAAGAGGUUGCCGAAGCCGGCUGUGGGGGUUUCCUGGGAUUGGACCGGAACUCCUGCCUGCUUCCACGGCCGACUGCCACACCCUCCGUCCAGUUGCGCGGCUGUCUGAAUGGUCCAAGUCUCGUCUCCCAGGGCUACCAAUGCGACGUUUGUGGAAGCGUCUUUCAUCGCGUCUGCCGUGUCCUCACCGAAGAGCACCCGCCGUGUCCUGGACGGCAAAUCGUCGACGCCUCGCCUCAACCCCCCACCCACCCGGACUCGGACGUGCAUCAGGGGGACUACAAGCUCCCCACAGCGGUGCCCGUCAUCAAACACACCUACUUCACUGUGCCCCUGGACAAACAGGUAUUCGGCUAG